AUGACGUUUCGGAGGCUGAAGAAAGUCAACUCAAACAGCGGGGGAAAUUCGCAAGAAAACGACAUUUAUUUCCCAUCUUCAAAGUCCGAUAGUUGCAGGACUUCGCUGGACCUCCAAGCCAAACCUACGGACGUGUACAACUACAAAACGUUGGCGUAUUCAGGCGGGACACUACCCAGGAACUUCAAAAAGAGCGGAGGGCUGCAGAAGUGGACGCCCCUCACGCAGACCCCAGAACCACAAAGAAAAGUGGUGGACUUGGAGAAGAGCGAUGAGGAGACGUUUGGUUUUGAGAUCCAGACGUACGGGCUGCAUCGCCAGGACCAAAACACGGUGGAAAUGUGUACGUUUGUCUGUAAAGUGCACGGGGACUCCCCUGCACAGCGCUCCGGACUCAAAGUCGGCGACACCAUCUCCAGUGUGAACAAUGCUACAGUGGAAGGAUUUCGACAUAAGGAGAUCGUGCAGCUCAUCAAGGCUUGUGGCAACACACUCAGGCUGGAGACGGUUUACAGCGACUCCAUCCGCAAAGCAGAACUGGAGGCCAGACUGCAGUAUCUAAAGCAAACCCUUCAUGAGAAAUGGGACGAGUAUCGGUCGCUGAUGGUCCAGGAGCAGAGGCUGGUCCACGGCAUAGUGAUGAGCGACGCCGCCAUAUACGAGUCCCUGGAGCAGGCCGGGAUCUACGGCAGCAUGGGCACCCCCAGCCCCAUCACCGCCCUGAGGGGCAACUGCGGCACGGGCAGCACCAGCAGCAGCGCCAGCCACCUCAGCACCGCCACGGACGACGACCCGCUCUACCAGACCUGCCUGUACCCCCCCGGCGGCACCAGCGACUCGGACCACAGCAGCCAGAACGCCAAGCACAAACCGCUGCGCAACAUCCAGAGGCGGCUGCGUCCGGCCAGCGAACUGUUCACCACGGCCAAAACACACCUCACCCGCAGCGCCAGCACCCGGAGCUACACCAGGCCUCAGUCGGAAACCAUUACCCCAGCGGAGAAGCAAGGAGGGUUCAGCUCUCUGCAGAGGAAGAAUAAACCAAAGAGCUUUCGAAGGCGCCUCCUCAAGUUCAUUCCGGGUUUGAAUUUGCCGCUGGAAGAGGAGGAGAGCAAAUUAUAA